UGGAUACAAUCCAGUUCACUUGUUCCGUUCAGUUGUGCGACUUGGUGUGUGCCAACUUGGUUUCACUUUUCACGGAAUCAUGAAGGCCUGUUUCGUUAUCAGCAAAAUCGCUUUGUUCGUUUUGAAUUUUCUAUUUGUGCUUAUCGGCCUCAUUAUUCUUGCCCAAGGCAUAUGGGUCGUGGUGGAUAGCCGUUCCUUCUUCGAAACCCUGGCAUUCUUCAGCAAGAUGGACUCCAGUGUCCUGGAACUCUAUGCCGACACAGAGUUUGUCCUGGCAGCCGGAGGCGUUCUGAUAGGUAUUGGCACAAUCAUGUUCCUGUUGAAUAUCAUUGGAUGUUGGGGAGUGGUCAGCGAGCACAGAGGCCUUCUAAUCACAUACUCGACGUUCAUGUCGUUCAUCUUCGCCAUCACAAUCCUUGGCAUCAUUUUGCUGUUCGCUUUGAGCGGUGUGUGGCAAGCCGCCGUGAAUACGACCGUUUCACAACUGUUUUCGACAAAUUAUGUUGGUACACUCGGCGCCCACGAGGUUUCCGCCUACGACCCGUUCUCGCUUGCCAUAGACGCAGUUAUGAUCACGUUCAAAUGUUGCGGAAUCAACGGUCCAGAUGACUUCUCUUCUUCGGCUACUGCAAAGGCUUGGUUUGCUAAUGGACGAAAAUUCAAAGAACUCAUCGAUGACGCCGUUGCCCUGCCCGCUGCUUGCUGCCGCUACACAAACACCUCGUUCUUUGCCAAUCAGAGAUACAACGAAUUUUUGAACUACAUGGAAGAUCAAAACUGUCCGGCAAAACCGCCCAAGGCCUUCUAUAACGCAUCCUGCGUAAGUAUGAUUCCUGUGGCGUUGGAAAUGAACAAAGUGCCAAUCAUUGUUACCACGGUGAUUGUACUUGCACUGGAGGUGUUCCGCAAUCGUUGUCUCAGAACCAUAGCUCAUGUGGGUUGGUGUCCGCGAAUCUGUAACGAGGCAGUUGGAUGGCGCGCUCUCAGUUGUGCAACGGGUACUUCCAUUGAAGAAUGUGUCCAGCACCAGAAGCUGCGUUGGUUGGGACAUGUGUUACGUAUGCCUAACCAUCGUUUGCCGAAGAGAGUACUGUUUUCCAUGCCCAAUCAAGAGUGGCGUAAACAGAGAGGUGGCCAACCCUUGACUUGGCAGAGGAGUAUGAAGGAGAUCACGAAUAGCAUGGGUGCUGUCGGUGCUACUCGCCUUCCAGGAUGGGGACCGCGUGAUCCUCCCUGUGCCUGGUUGUAG